UACCACGUCAACAGCAGUGCCACGGCAGCAGCAGUGCCCCGUCACCAUGCCGGCUCCAGCUUUGGGCAUGUCGGGCCAGCUUGCCAGCGAAUCCAUUGCCGAUUUCUGCAAGCAGGUCCAAGAUCAGCUCGCGCAGAUCGAGGCUGAGGAACAACGCCAGGCGGAAGCCGAGGGUGCCCGCCUACAGGUUAAAGCUGAGGCAGGAGCUGAAAAGCAGCGGCUUGAGGCCGCAGCUGACGCGGAUGCUCAGGCCCGCCGCAAGCAGGCCCAAGAUCUGCUGCAGCGGCACGAAGCCGCCAGCGUCGACAGGCUCAAGUUUUGGCACUUUGAACCAUCCGAGGGCCACGACGACGCAACAGCGGAAGAGCAACACAAGGAUUUCCUCUCCAAACUCGUCACCCCGUUGGUUUACACUUGUAACCAACUGCAGUCCGAGUUAGAGAAACAGCACCGGGAACUGGAGAAUCUCCGACAGGCCGUGCGGAACCACAAGGAUCUGCAUGAGGAUGCCACACGGGCACUUCAUACCCGUGUACAGGACUUGGAGCAAGCAGCACCAAGACCCGAUGCUGGCGAACCCAGCAAUGCAGCCUCGGCCCGCCAGUUGGAGCAACAACUCGACCACGUACUCGCAAUGCUCAACGACAUCAACACUUUCACAGCACCAGCCACCAUCAGCGAGCAGCUCAACACCUUGAAGACCGAGAUUAGGCAGCUACAACAGCCGCCCGCCAACGAUGGCAGUACCGGUGCACCACGACAGUACAAGAUGCCGACGUUCCGGAUCGAGAAGUUUGAUGACUAUACGCAGCAGGAUGCAGUCAUCCGGUGGCAAUCCUUCACGACGGAGACUCGGAUUCAUCGGGUCCCUGACUACUCGUACAUAUCGGCGUUGUACCUCAACUCCAACGGAGGAUGCCAGAUUUGGCUAAACCACAUGGCAACCAUCCAAGGCGUCCAGGUCGCCAACCUUCACACCAAGAUCUCAUGGAAAGAUCUGACGAAGGAAUGUAAGAAGCGGUUUAUCGUUGACGACGCCUCGACGCUCGCCAUCAACCGCCUCUUCGCCAUGACCCAAGGCAACACACUGACACGCGACUGGCUCACGGAAUGGCAGAAGAUCGUGGCAACACCCGAUCUUCACCUCCCAUUUUCGCGUCUGCGCCGCGAGUUCUACAACCGGUCGUGCGCUGCCUUGAACCUAGCUCUCGGUGAUCACGAAAGUACACGACCUUCGCCGAAAUCAUCGACAAGGCUCGGUAGAUCAUCAAGACCAACCGGGCGGCAGCACAUGAAAAAUUUGUGGCACAGCCAGCCUAUGUGGAGAAAGGAAAAUUUGGUCUGCGUCCGCAGCAAGUCGCUGCAGUCCAACCGGACAACCUUGUGGAAGACCCGGCAGCCACCCCAGCAUCACGUGAGGGAGAUCGGCGGCCGCCGUCCAGCCGCGAAGCAGCAACAAACCCCGUGGAAAAGGGAAGACCUCCCAAUGCCAAAAUCAAGGCAAGGAGGACAUUCGAACUCGAACCAGCUCGGGAAACUGAGCCGCGCGGGAGGUGAGGCGACUCCACCUCUCACUCCGCCGGAUUCGGCCGCUUUGCUAGCGGCCUCCUACACAUCCGGGGAGAACGCGGAUGUCGCAAGUCCUCGGUGCACUUACGAGGAUUACACUGUCCACUUGGUCCCACCGUUGGACCAGCCACUCCACGUGCAAGACUCCACCACACGCAUAGUUUCAUCAACAUCGGCAACUGAUUCGGCAGCUUUGCCGAAAACUUUCGCCGGGGACUCGACGUCAUGGUUAAAACUUCAGGAACUCAACCCGUUGACGAUCACGAACUUCCAAUGGAUGCCCCUUCCCCCGACCGAUCGAUUGUCGAAACCGCAUUGCAAUGCGCUAAUGGCACAAUUGCGGGAGUAUUUGCACACUGCAGUACCAGCUCCGUUGAUGGACGCCGGAGUAGAGGUUGUCGACCUUCGCAACUACCUUGCGAAGAUCGAUCGCGAGUUCGAGACACAACGGUACGACAACAACAACGCGCCAUUGUUGUCCAUACGCAUUCAGAUUGGAGAAGCAACCAGUAGCGCCUUGAUGGAUUGCGGAGCAACUCGCAACUAUAUGAGCCAAGACUUUAUGGUACGCGCUGGCCUUGGGCCACGCAAUCGGAGGAAAUCGCAGCCCAUGCAAGUCACAUUGGCCAACGGUCACACACACAAGUCAAUCGACUCGUGCAUUGAUUCCGUCCCCGUGUACUUCGCCCCGCACGCAAGCGAGGCCGUGUCCUUCGACAUUUUGGACACCAAGUUCGACAUGAUUUUGGGCAUGUCGUGGCUGCAAAGUGAGGAUCACUCGGUGAACUUCCACCGCCGCACCGUUCACAUUCAUGAUCGGAACGGGGUACUAGUCCCAUGCACGGUUCUUCCACCUCACCCUUCGAUCAGCUGUCACGUGGUGUCCGCCGCGAGCAUUCGAGCCUUUAUCACAAGGGACGACAUCGAGGAGAUGGGCUUGUGUUUUCUCCACACCCUCCCUCCCUAUGACAAUCCAUCGACGGACGCAUCGAUGGACUCACGCAUCACCGAGCUUCCCGACACCUACGGCGACGUUUUUGAAGCCCCGCACGGAGUCGUUCCAGACCGAGCAAUCCGCCACGAGAUCAUUCUCGAGGCCGGGGCCAUACCUCCACGUGGUUGCAUCUACCGCAUAAGUGAGGAAGAGUUAAGUGUGCUACGGGCACAACUCAACGACCUUCUUGAGAAAGGCCGGGGCCAUAUCUCUUCGCCCUAUGGUGCUCCCGUUCUCUUCGUCCGGAAGAAGAACAAGGACUGGCGGUUGUGCAUUGACUAUCGGAAGCUCAACGCGCAAACCGUUAAGAACACCGGCCCUCUUCCACGAAUCGACGAUCUUCUCAAACCGUUGGGCGACACUCAAUUCUUCUCCAAGCUCAACCUCAAAUCGGGAUAUCACCAACUCGAGAUCCGGUGGGAGGACCGCUACAAGACCGCGUUUAAGACGCGAUAUGGCCAUUUCGAAUGGUUGGUUAUGCCUUUUGGCCUUAUGAAUGUCGCGACCAUGUUCCAAGCAGCAAUGACAACGAAAUUUCACCAUAUGCUGGACCGAUUCGUACUCAUCUACCUUGACGAUAUCUUGGUGUACAGCCGGAGUUUGGACGAGCAUGUGGACCACCUGCAAACCGUCUCGGAGCGGCUACGGCAAGCCAAGUACAAGGCCAACCGUGACAAAUUGCUUCUCCACUCACGAGGCAAGGACUUAUUAUGCGCCCCACGAGACCAUCGCCUCGAGACGCGCUUUCUCGGCGAGUACCACGACUCGCAACUUGCCGGCCACUUCGGAGUCAACCGAACGAUCGCAAGACUUCGGCAACAAUUCCGGUGGCCCGACCUCAUUACCGACGUCACUCGGUAUUGCAACUCUUGCGAAGUUUGCCGACGAAGCAAGCCCCGCAAUUGCAAUCCCUACGGCGAAUUGCGCUCGUUGCCCAUCCUGCGGGAACCCGACCUCUCCAUUGCUAUGGACGUCACCGACUACUUCGGGCACAACGACAUCCUCACAGUCGUUGACCGAUUAAGUACUCGCGAUUUCUUCCUUGCAAGUACUACGCGCCGACUCCCGAGCUUGACCGACUCUUGCACACCGGCUGGAUUUGCAGCCACGGCGUUCGGGAAGACAUCGUUAGCGACCAUGACACUCACUUCAUGUCGGCAUUUUGGACUUCUUUUAUGAAGGAAUCCGGCACCGAAAUGAAACCGAGUUCGGCUC